GGAACUGGGUGAGGAGGCUCCAGGCUCUGGAGGAGCUUGGAGAGAUCACCGGGGGACCGGGGCAUGCGGCUGCGGCUGCGGCUGCCGGCGGCUCUGCUGCUUCUCUGCGUCCCAGGCUCUUUGUCCCUGAGUGGCCCCAGCACCGUGACGGGUACCGUGGGGGCCUCCCUGAGCGUGGGGUGUCGCUACGAGGAGGAAUACAGGGCAUUUCACAAAUACUGGUGCAGACAGCCGUGCUUCCUGCUUUGGCAGCGGGCUGUGCAGACCAGCGGGUCCGAAGUGCAAGUGAAGAGCGGCCGGGUGUCCAUCACGGACCAUCCGGACGACCUCGCCUUCACAGUGACCUUGGACAGCCUCACUGCAGACGAUGCAGGGAAAUACAGGUGUGGGGCUGCGACAAUUCUGAAGGAAGAAGGACUCCUCGGCUUCCUGCCUGAUCCCUUUUUCCAGGUUCAAGUGAUUGUCUCCCCAGCCUCCAGUAGCAACAGCUCUACGUGGACUUCUGGAUCGCUCAGCCAGCAGCAAGGGCCCUGGCUGGGCAGCGCCCACUUCCUGCUCCUGGUCUUCCCGAAGGUGCCCCUGCUCCUGGGCCUGCUCAGUGCCCUCCUCUGGGUCAACAGGACUCAGCGGGCAAUUUGUGGGGAGACAGAACCAGUCUGACCAAGACAAUCUGCAGCCUUGCCCCCUCGCCAUCAAUAUACUGUCCAGAGCAGACUAGAGAAGAACUUCUGACCUUGAACUUCAUGUCGCUUUUCACCUUAUAGCCAGAGACUCGAUUAAAAAAAAAACUUAAAAGAGUUUAAUGAAAUAUAUCACAUAUACAAGUGUCUAUAUGAUAUUUACCUGCCUGGUGCUUGGCUGGGGAGAACCGGGGAGAGCAUUUCACAAGGGCACCCAGAACCCCUCAUUCCCUAGGAGGGAGCCCCAGGCACAGCACUGCUCGUCAGGGGACCCCAGGGCCUGAUUUUCUGCCAUCUCACCCACCUGCGUUUCUU